CAAUACGAAACUUACAAUAUUCUGCAAUUCUCUAUAACAAAUAAACAAGGCCAGUUGGUCGCCACCACAGACGAGAGAGAGAGUGAGAGACAGAGCGCGCUAUGGAAUCCAAGGCCUCAUCAAGAUUAGGAAGCUCGCUGCCAGUGCCGUGCGUGCAGGAAUUGGCAAAAGAGCCGUUGGCGGCCGUUCCGCCGCGAUACCGUCGCCGCGAUCAAGAUCCUACGGCGGUCUCAUCCUCCACCUGUUCUUGUCCGAUCGUGGACAUGGAGAAGCUGCUUUCCGGAGAUCGCUCGGAGUUGGAGAAGCUUGAUUCGGCAUGCAGAGAAUGGGGUUUCUUCCAGUUGACAAGGCAUGGAGUGAGGUGGUCGUUGGUAGAGGAAGUGAAGGUGCAGAUUGAGGGAUUCUUCAAUCUGCCAAUGGAAGAGAAGAAGAAGUUGUGGCAAGAGCCCGGUGACGUGGAAGGAUUUGGACAGGCUUUCGUGGUGUCCGAGGAGCAGAAGCUCGACUGGGGAGACAUGUUCUACUUGCUCACUCUCCCCUCUCAUCUCAGGAAGCCCCGCCUCUUCCCCAAUCUCCCUCUCCCCUUCAGAGAAGCUCUGGAAGUUUAUGCCACUGAGUUGAAGGGUCUUGCCAUCAAGAUCCUUAACCUCCUGAAGACAGCUCUGGGAAUGAAGGCCGAGGAGAUGAGAGAGCUCUUUGAAGAUGGCUUCCAGGCAAUGAGGAUGAACUACUACCCGCCGUGCCCUCAGCCGGAGCAGGUCUUCGGCCUCGCCCCCCACUCCGACGCCGUCGGCCUCACCAUCCUCCUCCAAAUCUCCGAAAUCGAAGGCCUCCAGAUCAAGAAAGACGGCGCCUGGGUUCCUGUCAAACCCCUCCCUCAAGCCUUCAUUGUCAACGUCGGAGACAUUCUACAGAUCGUCACGAAUGGAGCUUAUCGGAGCGUGGAGCACCGGGCGGUGGUUAACUCCGGGAAGGAGAGGCUAUCGGUGGCCACAUUUUACAACCCCGGCCUGGACAGAGAGAUGGGGCCGGCAGCCAGCUUGAUCAGACCGGAAGCUCCAGCGGUGUACAAAAGAAUUGGGGUUGUAGAGUAUUUCAAAGGCUUGUUUGUUCGGAAGCUCGACGGGAAAGCGUACAUCGACGUCAUGAAGAUUGGCGAUCAAAACCAGAGCUUUUGAAGCGUUCAGUACAUGAAAUACAAUGGUGAUUGGGUGGUUAAAAUAAUUAUAUUAAGAAAAAAGAAGAUGGGUGGGUCAAAGCGAUAACAAUAAGCCAAUUGUGUGUAAUCCAAACCUGUAAUGUAAUGCCUUUCCCAAGACAGCGCGAGCAACUUGUGAUCCACUCACAGUCACGAGUGGAAGAACAAGGAAAGUAAAACAACUCUAUUUACUUCCUUCUCCAUCUCCAAUAUAUAGGAAACUUUAUGUCACAUUAGCAUUAUUGUAAUCAAACAAGUGCACAAUCUUUUUAA